UUCCAACAGCGCAUGCGUGGUGGAGUCGCUCUGAGACGUUAAUGUUGUUUUGUUAAAAAUUUCAAUGCAAAUAUCUAAAUUCGAGUGGCGUUGAUUAUACUUUACCGUCUAUAACCUUAAAGACAAAAUGUCGUUUUGUUCUUUUUUCGGCAAGGAAGUGUACAAAGACCAUUUUAUACGAGGAAUAUAUGUUUGCUCCCAGUGUGCAAACCCACUAUUUUCAAGUAGAUCUAAAUAUGCACACUCCUCGCCUUGGCCAGCCUUCACAGAAACCAUCCACGAGGACAGUGUUACCAAAGUGAUGGAAACACUCACAGCUUAUAAGGUUCUGUGUGGCAAGUGUGGCAAUGGACUAGGCCAUGAGUUUCUGAAUGAUGGUCCAGAGGAAGGAAUGUCAAGAUUUUGAAUUUUUAGCCACUCGCUGAAGUUUGUCCCAAAAGACAAGGUCGGCAAGCACUAAAGCGAGGCUGGAGGUCUGCGAACAUACGCUGUAGCUGCUGUAGUAUGCACAUUAUGGGAAUGCUCAUUUAAUGAAGUGGACAGGGCAAAAAUCCACCUGGAGGCCCUGUUCACAGAUGUAUUAUGGUCAUGCUGCUUUGUACCUCACUGUAAAACAGUUAUAAUAUUUCAAACAUGUACAAUAUUAUACAAACAAAGACAGAUGCUUUAUGAGUCAUAGUAAUUAAUAUUCUUCUUUAAUCCAUAUUAUAUGGGUUAGUAUGUCUCCUCUGGACCUAUGGUUCUAUCUGGGAUCUGUGAUGUAACUUUCAGGCUUCAAUAAAUAUAUAUGAUGUAUCCUA